UCAAAGCUCUGUACGGUGCGUAACUUGCUCAGUGUCACGGGCGCUACAGAACCGAUCGACCGACAUUCAAACAGUGCGUUCAUGAUAGUGUGUGACCAUACCUGUGGAUUUUAUUAAGAUUGACAGUGAAACAAAAAGAUAGGUCCGCCAUGCCUGGGUCUUUGCCGCUGCUGGCCAACGCGUUUGUCACCAAAAACAUCGACGAUGACAUGCCCGAAGUCGACACCAACGCCAACUACGGGAAGAGGAGGGACUAUGAAUGGCAAAUCGUAUGGAGAAACGUGUUAGCAUUCGUGUACCUUCACGGCGCUGCUGUCUACGGGUUCUACCUCAUAUUCACAGGCAAAGUGAUGGGUCUCACUUUAUUAUUUGCACUCCUGUUCUCAGCGUUGUCGGGUAUGGGUGUGACGGCUGGCGCGCACAGGCUGUGGGCACACCGGGCGUACAAGGCUCACUGGUCACUGAGACUCGUGCUCGCACUCCUGCAGACCAUGGCCUUCCAGAACCACAUCUACGAGUGGGUGCGAGACCACAGAGUACAUCACAAGUUUACGGAGACAGACGCGGACCCUCACAAUGCUAAGAGAGGGUUCUUCUUCUCCCACAUGGGCUGGCUGAUGGUGCGGAAACACAAGGCCGUGUUCGAGAAGGGAGCCAACGUCGACAUGUCCGACUUAGAGAAAGACCCCAUCGUUAUGUUCCAGAAGAAGACGUACAUGGUGGCAGUCCCCCUAUUCUGCUUCAUCCUGCCGGCCGCGGUGCCAGUCUACCUGUGGGGGGAGUCUCCUUGGAUCUCCUGGUAUGCCGCAGCCAUCACCCGGUAUACCCUCACCCUGCACUUCACCUGGCUCGUUAACUCCGCCGCUCAUAUCUGGGGCAACAAGCCUUAUGACAGAUAUAUAGGCGCUACGGACAACAAGGCAGUGGCGAUCUGCGCUUUCGGCGAGGGUUGGCACAACUACCACCACGUGUUCCCCUGGGACUACAAGGCGGCUGAGCUUGGUGACUACAGCACCAACUUGUCUACACUCCUCAUCGACGUUGCUGCCAAGAUGGGUCUCGCAUACGACUUGAAGACAGUAUCGGCUGACAUGAUCCGGAAGCGCGUGGGCCGGACCGGAGACGGCUCCCACCCCCUGGACAAGGAAGUGGAACACACUGUCGACCACCACGAACACCCCGAGAACCCAGUGUGGGGCUGGGACGACCGGGACAUGCCCGACGAAGAAAGACAACUCGCAGAAAUCGUCCACCGGAAAGACGAUUAGAUCAUCCUAGCUUAACUAUUUAAUAAUUAACAUACAAGAGACAAUAAUGUAUUAUAGAGACCAGUAUUAAGAGACCCACAUUUAGCGUCUUUCGAGUGUCCAUAUCGUCCUGUUAACGCCCAUGCAGCGUCUAGACGCGAUGCACGCGACAUGUUUCGAACUUCUGAAGCCGAAACACGCUAAGUGUGGGGUAUUUAAAUCUCCUUGAUUGAUAUUUGUCCAUGUCGAGGUUGUGUCCAAUCACCCUUAGAGUAUACAGAAUAGAUACUCUAAGUGAAGGAGUAAUCCUCUGUACAUAUUUAAUUCAUGUGAUUAUGUCCUGUGGCGUAUGGUGAUUGCUAGUUAGUAUCUCGCUAUUUUUUCGAGUCAAACUUCAGAGAAGUUUAUUAUUAUUUAUUAUACUUACAACAUAAUGUUUUAACUGGUGAUAAGAAUUUAUAAUUUAUUGUAUUUUAUAAGUGUUCUUUUAUGAGAAUUACAAUAAAUAUUACGGGAGUCGUU